ACUUCCUACGCGAAACGUCACAGUCCAUUUUAAGUGCUCGUGAAACGCAAGUCUUAUAUCUGUGAAAAAGCUUAAUUUAUUUAAAUUAGUCAUUAGUGAAAAGGAUAUUUUUCCUUGAAAAAAGUUCGACGCAAUCGAUGAUUAAUGAGUGGUUCCGAUGUGCUAGUAGUUAAAAAUUUAGUUACCUAUCUUUCGCGUGGAUGAAGCAAAACCUACGCAAUUUUUAAACUCGUCUCAAUUUUAUCGGUGCAGAUUUUUUUAUUAUUUUUAUUACCACUGCUAAUUCAAUAGAAUAAAAAAGGCAGCCUGUACAGGGUAACUUCAGUGUUAAAGCAACAUGUCGAAAGCGCAUUGGUUUGCAAUUUGUAAUAUCCUAUUUGCGUCACUGCCACUUGCAGUGCUUGGCAUCGAUCUUAGCCGUCUAUAUGGACAUAUGGCUCCGAUUUCAAAAAGGAGUGAGGCAUGUCAUCCAUAUGAACCAUUUAAGUGUCCCGGUGACGGAAACUGUAUUUCUAUUCAAUACUUGUGUGAUGGAGCACCUGACUGUUCAGACGGCUACGAUGAAGAUAUGAGGCUCUGUACCGCAGCAAAACGACCACCUGUGGAGGAAACAGCAUCAUUUUUGCAGAGUUUAUUAGCAUCGCAUGGGCCAAAUUACCUAGAAAAGCUGUUUGGGAGCAAAGCGAGAGAUGCGUUGGCACCCUUGGGAGGAGUAGAAAAAGUAGCCAUAGCUCUCAGCGAGUCGCAAACAAUUGAAGAUUUUGGAGCUGCAUUGCAUCUGAUGCGGUCCGAUUUGGAACACUUGAGAUCUGUGUUCAUGGCGGUGGAAAACGGUGAUCUGGGCAUGCUCAAAUCGAUAGGCAUCAAGGAUUCGGAACUCGGAGAUGUUAAGUUUUUCCUCGAAAAGCUAGUCAACACCGGUUUUCUCGAUUGAGUGGCACCAGAAUUAUACUCGCCAUAUUAUUAUUCAGUUCCUCUUCAGCCGCAAUUCUACUCCUAUUUGGGAUCUUCAUAUGAUGGCUAUAACUACUAAUAUGGGGAUAUAAAACUUUAUUUUUAACUAAAGCCAGUUAUGUGGUUAUGAAAUACUGACUGACACAAAUAAUCUCUCAACCACAUCCCUGCCUUUGCAAAUUCAAACAUUUUAUUUUUGAUACGUUAGAUGGCUUAAGCAAAUAAGAAUGCAAGCAUUAUUGUUGUAUAACUUGAAAAUACUUAUAUUUAUACAAUUCUCUAGACUAAAUAAGGAUGGUGAAAAACAAUGCACACAUUUAGUUAACUUCAUCAGCAAAAACGUCCAGUGUUUCAAUAGAACACAAAUGAUAUCACGAGUAAUGCCGUUGCAAUAAUAAUUAUGUAAUACUGUAUGCAUAGAGUGGCAUUGAACUUCAGUUAACUUAUUUCAUAAAAGCCUAGAAACACUUGAGACUAACUUAUUUUGAGUUGGUUUACUUCAGCUUAGGCAAUACUACAGAAUUUAUCAGCAUUAGGUUUAUAACGAACUAACAUUUGCAACGAAGUUUAAUUUUCUGAACUAUACAAUAAUGGAUUACCAUCAACCAUUCAAUUUGAAACUCAUCACAUAUAUACGAAACAAACAUAUCAGAAGGAGUUGAGUACCUUAUCUAGAACCUAAACUGAAAAAGUUGUGCAAUCAAUCCACAUACACUGACUUGUAUUUACAAGACAUUCGUACCCUUUUAUGAAAGAAAUAUUUUAAUAACGAAACAAAACGUGUUGAGUGAAAUUUGCAAACAAUCAAAUGAAUAGAAGAAUGUCACGAUUAGGUACAGUGUAAAGAAAAAACAGAACAAUGAAACCCAAUAUCUUAUGAGAGAUCACAGUAUGUUAAGAAAACAACUUUUCAUCAAUAUAUAUAGCGAUAAAUCAUCUUAUGAGGGCAAUUUUGAUCAACUUGUUCAUAGCUAUAUGAUAUGAUUUCAUGCAGAAAAUAAAUUCACUUUCAAAUACAUUCUAAGUGUUUCUGCACAAAAUAAAAUAAUGUUCUGCAUAUCUGAAGCUAACAGGUAUUGGUUUCGAAUUUAAAAUUGUAAUGCUCAUUUUCUAUUCAUUUACUGUUACACGCAUUGAAGAACAAGACAAAUAUAUAUUUUGGAGAUUUUGAGUAGUUUUCAUUUUCAAAACAAAUUGUUCUGAAUCCAUGUUAGUAAACUGCAGAGCAGUCAUACUUUGAAUGCACUCCAAACAACCAUGUUACUGUAGUUAUAAAUAAGAAGUUAUUAACCAUCAAAGUAACACUAAAGUUGAAAAGAGCCACACUAAUACCUCAUUGAUGAUAAUGCCACAUAAUGCUAUGUUUAGGCUAUGGUUUCAUAAGAACCAUUUGUCUUCAUUAAACAAAAAAAAACGAGUAUGAUGUUUCAUAUCAAGAGAGUACAAACUAUGGUCCUAACGUACCGAUAAUAUUGGGUUGUUUUCAACUUUAGUCAAUUAUAAUAAUAAUAACCUUAUUUCUUCAUUUAUAACAGGUGCAGUGGCAUAGUUACUUGGAUUGUUCAUCAAAGUCGAAUAACAUCUUCAUUAAGUAUGCUUUACAUAUCUUUGCCCAGUUCCGAUACGUACAGAUGUAGAAAACAACAAAAUCGUUAUUUAACGAAACA